CGAACUAUCGUUGCUGUCUUGCAAGCUACUCCUCACCUGCGAAUACUACAUGGCCUACACAACGACGACUGUACGGCCUCUCUUACCCAGUCGGCGUGUUAAGAGCGGUCUCAGGCUGCUGGCGAAGCGUUAUGUACCAGAAGCCAGCAAUCGCAAGGGGUUUACCUUGCUCUUUUUCCAUUGCGCUGGCUCUCACAAGGAGGUAUGGGAGCCCAUCAUCGACGGCAUACUUUCUGGUGGGGACUCGGCCUCAGCAAAGUCAGAAAUCCGCGAGAUUUGGUCCUUCGAGAUGCAGAACCACGGAGAAUCCACCUCCUGGAAUAGCGAAGCCCUUGCGCAACUAGAUGCUCCUCUCAAUGUCGACGACUGGGCUGAGGGGCUCCAAGCCUUCGUUGCUUCGGGCGCGUUGGACGGGCACAAGCUCAUUGCUAUUGGCCAUUCCCUUGGUGCCAGCGCCAUGAUCUUAGCAACCAUACCUGACCAUCUCCGCGCCGUCCAUUACGAGGCCGUGGUGAUGGUUGAGGACGCCUUGAUGGCGUGGGACACGUACGUCGCUACGCGUGAGGACAGCGACGCUAUCCUCAAGGAGAUCUCCGACGCGGUCAAGAAGCGACGCGACGUAUGGAACAGCCGCGAAGAGGCAUUCAAGUACUUCCAGAAACGCAUUCCAUGGAUUGUAUGGGAUGAGCGAGUCCUCGAGCUCUAUGCGAAACACGGGCUGAGAGAUAUCCAGGUCAACGAGGGCGGCACGACCGUUACCAAGGUGACGUUGGCGUGCGCGAAGGACCAGGAAGGCUCUGCGUACCUGUACAUCGCGCCGCACUUCCGCGUUGGCAACAGGCUGCGUACUCUCGACCCCUCCCUGCCCAUCCACUUCAUCCACGGCGAGCGCAACGACAGCAUCAACCCCGAGCGCAUGCACGAGUCCGUCCUGAAGCUACCUAAGAAAGUCGCAUCUGUGCAGAAGGUGCCCGACGCGGGUCAUUUCGUCGUCCAGGAGAACCCUGACGAGCUAGCGGCUGCUAUAGAGCGAGUUAUCGCCUCCAUCACCGGCAUUCGGUCCCACCUGUAAAGUUCCCGCAGCACUUCUUGGCGUUGACACCUCUCAGAAGUUAGGUUUAAUAUUCUAUAUAUUAAUUGUAUCGCUGUGACCGUAUGCGUACCUUGGGAGCUGUCACCGGAAUUAUGAAUGGACCAACCUAUUGGGUCCUGUGCGGC